AGCACACUGCUCUGUAUUUUCUCUCUCUUCUGUUACUUCUAACCAGUGCUAAGGCACAUUAAAGAGGAUUUAAUAACAGUGAUGUACACAGAUACUUUACACAGAGCAAAUAGCUUGAAGUGGCAACAAGGCUGUCAGAAAACACCACUAGAUGUGGACACAUAAUCUGCAACCUCCAACAACUUGAGGCCCACUUGACUCUGCUUUCCAGCUAGCACGAUCAACCAUCACCUGCUGUAGCAACUGCGGAGUCACAAGAGGAACCAGUGAGAGAAAAAGAAGGAAAACAAAGUCAAAACAAUGCUGAGGAGUUUGAGCAGAGACUUGUGGAACUAUCGCAGCAUUGUCCUGAUCAUUCUUUCACCACUUCUGCUGCUUCCUCUUCCUAUUGUUAUUGGCACAAAGGAGGCAGAAUGUGCUUUUGUGUUGCUGCUGAUGGCAAUAUACUGGGUGACAGAGGCAAUUCCUCUGUCCAUGACUGCAAUGCUCCCCGCCAUCCUCUUCCCCAUGUUUGGCAUCAUGAGUUCCACCAGUGUGGCAAAGGAGUAUUUUAAGGACUUCCACUUCCUGCUCAUGGGUGUCAUCUGUCUAGCCACAUCCAUUGAUAAGUGGGGCCUCCAUCAGAGAAUCGCCCUGAGGCUCGUCACUAUGGUGGGAGUCAACCCUGCACGGUUGAUGCUGGGCUUCAUGUCCAGCUGUGCCUUCCUCUCCAUGUGGGUCCAUAACACCUCAGCUGUUACCAUGAUGAUGCCCAUUGUGGACGCUGUUCUUCAGCAGAUCCUAAAGGAUAACACUGGGGGGCGUGCUGGUGAAGACAGCCCUAACCUACAGCUGGAUGAAACUGAAGGCCAUGCUGAAGAGAUUGAAGAAUCUGUGAGUGACAGGAAGCAGCCAGUUGAUCCUACUGAAACCUUCACUUGUGUUCAGAUACAGCCAGCUGCAGCUCAGGCUGAUGUGAACAUGCCUACAGCUCCCAGCAGGCAUGCACGGGACCUGAUGAUGUGCAAAGCCAUGUGCAUCGGCAUCGCCUACUCUUCCAACAUCGGCGGCAUCGCCACACUGCCAGGAACCUCUCCCAACCUCAUCUUCUCUGAGUACAUCAACCAGAUUUACCCAAACUGCAACUGUAUUAACUUUGGGAACUGGCUCCUGUUGUGCCUGCCUAUCAGUCUUAUCAUACUGCUGCUGACUUGGAUGUGGCUGUGCUGGCUCUUCAUUGGCUCAGACUUCAAGCUCCUGUGGAAAUGCGUAGGCGAGCAGUCUGAGGAAAAGAAGGCAGCAAGAAAAGUGCUAGAAGACAAAUACAAGCUGCUGGGAGACAUGAGUUCUCAGGAGAUCUUCACUGGUGUGGUUUUCCUUGUGAUGGUGUUGUUGUGGUUGACCAGAUCUCCAGGUUUCAUACCAGGCUGGGCCUCUCUCUUCCCUCAUCACUCGGACUACAUCACAGAUGCCACUGUGGCUCUUCUGCUUGGCCUCCUCUUCUUCAUUGUACCUGCCUAUGGACCCUCCAGAAAAUAUGAGUCUAUGAUCUCCUGGAAGGAGUUCCAGGCCUUGAUGCCGUGGAAAGUGGCCCUUCUGGUCGGUGGAGGAUUUGCGCUUGCUGAAGGCACAAAGGAGUCGGGCCUGUCUUUGUGGGUGGCCAAACUGCUGACACCACUGGGUGAUCUUCCAGUCUUGGCCACAAUCACAGUUGCCUGCAUCAUUGUCACCACGCUAACAGAGGUGGCCAGCAACGCCGCCACCAUCACCAUCUUUCUCCCCAUCCUCUCUCCUCUGGCAGAGGCCAUCCAUGUGAACCCGUUAUACAUUCUGAUCCCCACCACCCUGUGUACUUCCUUCUCCUUUCUGCUGCCAGUGUCCAACCCACCCAACGCUGUUGUGUUUGCCUACGGACACAUCAGUGUCAUAGACAUGGUGAAGGCUGGAAUUGGUGUCAAUGUGAUUGGUGUUCUUGCUGUCAUGUUGGCUGUGGCUACAUGGGGAGUUCCUCUAUUUGCUCUGGAUACAUAUCCCGAUUGGGCACCGGUUCUUCCUAGCUUUAAUUCCACAGCACCUUAAUGAUGGGUCUCUGGACCUUAUUGAGCAAAAUGUGGAUUAAUACACAGCUAAAAAUAGUUCCACAAAAAAUGCACUACUUCCUCCUGAAUCAAACUUGAUGAAACAGUGCACAACGGUUCCACAAUAGCAGUCAGUAAUAAUUUGUCUUCUCCCUCUCUUCAUAGAAACGAAUGGGCAGUAAAAUCCAGUGUGACAAGAGUCACAAUAUACUUGAGGAUUAUACCACAUUGAUUGUGUUAAUAUUCAUUCAAACAAAUCCUGUGUUAAAUCAAAUUUGUUCAAAGUGAAUAUUUUAAACAAAGUGACAGCACUAGUACUCACUAUAUCCAUGGGUUGCAAGUAGUUGGACUGGAUUGCUAUUUAUUGCUGGAAAUUAUGUCACGAGGAGCUGGUGGAGACCAAACCAGAGUUGAAAAGAGUAAAUAUAUAACUAAUUCAUCAAGUGAAAACUAACACCAUGUUGCUCCAUGUCCACGGGAUAUGGAAAUAAUUUAGGUGGCUUCUUUAUAAGCUUUAUUUGUCAGGUAUUGUGUCUCUAGGUUGUCCUGCUCCCUCCAAGCGGCCAGAAUAUAAGGAGGAAAAUGUCUGACAAAAACACCGGGA